GUUACGGCGGAUCGUCGUAAGGGUUUCAGAUAAGUUCGAAUUUUUCAUCCAAGCUACGACGCCGCCAUGCAUAACAAAGCUGGUUGCGGUUUACCACGAUUUUAAAAGACGAAGGUAUCACGUUCUUUCGAAUUUUAAUUCCAAACAAUUUUAGUUUCUGCUAUUCUAACUCUGAUUUAGAAGCGACAUUUUGCUAAUUACACUGUACUGAAGAAUUUUUAAGAUGCCGAUACGGUACUCAGAAUGUCUGCUUUGUGUCCUGGCUCUCGCGGGUAUCGUCAGUGCAAAGGAGACUAGAGAUGAGCCGCUCAAUCUCAAGAACGUGCUCAUGUGCCUAAGAAGAGAAUACACGCUCAAAGCAACACGCUCCGAUGCAUUCGGAAGACAGUGUUGGGACAUUAUUCGUGUCACAUCUUGUUGGGGACGUUGCGAUUCCUUUGAGAUACCUGACUGGAGAUUUCCCUACAAAAUAUCUGUUCACCCAGUUUGCAUACAUGACCAGAAGAAGCUCCGAAGAGUCUUACUGCGCAACUGCGAUCCAGGUGCCGAUCCUCAUUUGCGUAUCUAUGAAUAUUAUGAGGCCGAAACUUGUUCCUGCAGCACAUGCAACAGCUCCGACACUUUCUGCGACUGGAAAAACCAUAUUUCUACCAGCCACAACUUGCCUGCUUUGACUCGGAAACCGUCACUAGAAGGUUCGGACUAGUAAAAUACUUUGUGUAUGUGGAACAUUGAACCCAAUUGUUUCUGGACGUUUCUGCAUUUCGGAAAUAGAACUACUUCGAUCAGCAAACGUCAUUUAAAGAAACGUUUAAGUCUGUGAGAUGGAAACGACUCCAGUGAUUGACACAAGCAUAACUAAUUAUUAUCUUUGAUCUUAAACAAUUAUUCAGUUUGAUGACAGAGCCAUUCAGUAUGAUCAAAUUAUUAUCCAGUUUGAUAGUAUGGUCUUUCGUAUGCAAACCUGCUUGUUGUUUUAUUAACUUUUUUGCAAUACUAAACAAGCUCUAUAUUAUGAUAUUUUAAAUAAAUUAGAACUUUAUUUUUAUACCAUCAGGUUUAUUAAACCCAUUUCUGUCGAUAUAAAUACAAAUGUUAAUCCUUAAAACUAGCUAAUUAUAAUUCGUUUGCAAUAUUUUCAUUUGUAUUUAUUCAUUUCUUACUUCUGUCCCAUAAAAUAUACUGGGUAUAUGUAUCUUUGAAGAAACAUUUAUAAUUUCAACAGUGAAAUUAAACCUUGUACUUGCUCCUAAUGAUCCAUUAAUGUAGUUUCGAAUUCAUUUCGUAAGUAACAUAUCAAUGACUCGUUGAAAAUUAAAAAACAGUGUAUAAAGUAAUCAAAAACAAUCAAAUUUAUAAAGAAGCUAAUAAUGUAAAACCACUUUUAUUCUCCUGUUUCUUUAUGUCUUAUCUCACCAUUUUUUGAUUAUUUGUUGAUGAUAUUAAAUGAGAAUAAUUAAUUUAGCAAGUACUUCAGAGAAGUUAAGUUUGUUCAUUCUUCACGUAAACAAGCUUGUUUAUAAACUAGUUUUAACAAUUUCCAUAUUUCAGUUGUGUCAACCACUGGUGCAGUUAUCUAACAAAGCGAAUUUCUAACUUACUUGUGACCGAUUACUCCUUAAGCGUAGUUAUUGUUAUUUCUUAAAAAUUAUUGUAAAGCGGCACAAUCACAGUUAAAGAGAGUAAUUAUUCUGUGUAAUAACCCAUAUGUUGUAAAGAUUCAUACCAUAUUUCUUUUUUCUCUGCUUUUCAUCCAUCAUAUUUAUACUUUGUUUAUUUGUCAAGUCGGUCAUUUUUAUUGAAGUUUUUUAAUCAAAGCUUCUGUGCUAAUUUUAUUUUCUGAUAUAAUAUUUCUUUAUAUGCUAUAAAUGUGUACUCAUUUUUCUCACCUCUAACUGCGUAUCUUCAAUAUAUUAAGUUUCCUAAGCAUACUAAUUCAUGAAUAGUACUUUUACAUAAAUGUAGACCAGUGGAAUAUACUGUAUACUCUCGAUUACCCGGCCUUAUGCGAGGGAAGCAGGGAACGGGCAACUGAAAAACACGGAUAAUCCAAACUAUCGAUUUUCAUGCAUAAUUUAUGCGUUUAUUUUUUAUAAAAUCAGUAAUCUUUUAUAAAUCAGUAAUCUUAGUUUUAAAUAUUUGAGAACUUUUGAAUAUUUUCAGAAUUUUACUGCGUUUGUUUUGAAGUGCUAUUUUAUUAUGGUAUUCGAUUUAACUUUGGUGACGAUAUCUAACAGAAUUUCAACAGAAGUCAUUCUUUGUCUCGUGACUAAUGCAAUUGUCAGUAUUUUCUUCGCCUCUACGCACGGAUAACCCGCAAACCGGAUAAUCGGGAGUCACUCUACUGGGAAUCCUAACAAGCUGCUACCCUAAAAAGAAAAAACCUUCAUUUUGCUGAUUGCAUUUAAGCUCUUUUAAAUGAUUUUUCAAUUAAAAUUAAUGCAGAAAAAUUAUUGAAUUUUGAAAUUUAUUAAACACAAUUUACAUUUAUGGUAGAAAUUUUUUGCAUAAUUCAGGGUUAGAUUAGGCAUUAGACAAAGAAUUCAUUGUAUAUUUUAAAAAUAAACCU